GAAUGAGGGGUUUUAGUAUUUAAGGGAGUAGAGAACAUUAGCCAUUGGUAGCAAGCAUGGCAUUCCCUCUAAUUUUCUUCAUUGUUUUCUCUUUGGCUCUCUCUGAAGCCACUUCUUCUUCUACAAAGCCUGUUCCUUAUUCCCAACCUCUAAAUAAGACUAGUUUUCCAGAAGGGUUCAUUUUUGGAGCUGGAACUGCUGCUUAUCAGUCUGAAGGGGCAGCAUUCUUAGAUGGAAAGGGACCAAAUAUAUGGGAUGCGUUUACUCGCCAACAUCCAGAAAAAUUUUUGGAUCGUAGCAAUGGAGAUGUAGCUCUAGAUUUUUAUCAUCGUAAUAAGGAAGACAUCAAAUUGAUGAAGAAAGUUGGCUUGGAUUCCUUCAGAUUCUCUAUCUCUUGGUCAAGAAUAUUACCAAAGGGUAAACUCAGCGGAGGCGUUAAUCCACUUGGCGUUAAAUACUACAAUGACCUCAUCAACGAGCUUCUUGCCAAUGGAAUCACACCAUUUGUGACGUUAUUCCAUUUUGACACACCACUAGCACUUGAACAAGAAUAUGGCAGUUGGUUGAGCCCUAAAAUAGUGAAAGACUUCUCAGACUAUGCCAAUUUUUGUUUUAAGACAUUUGGGGAUCGUGUAAAAUUAUGGGUGACUAUGAAUGAACCCAAUGCAUUUACAAUCAAUGGUUAUACUUUCGGUACUUAUGCGCCUGGUCGAUGCUCUAACUACCUUGGAAAUUGCACAAUUGGUAACUCAGCAACUGAACCUUACAUUGUAGCUCACCAUUUGCUUCUUUCUCAUGCCACUGCCACAAAAUUGUAUAGGCAGAAAUACAAGCCUAACCAAAAGGGGAAAAUUGGAAUUACCAUAGUUACACAUUGGUUCGAGCCAAAAUACAAUACCACAGCUAAUCGAAAGGCAGCUUCUAGAGCCCUAGAUUUCUUGUUUGGAUGGUUUGCUCAUCCAGUUACUUUUGGACACUAUCCCCGAAGUAUAAGAUUAGCAGCGGGAAACAGAUUGCCCAAAUUCAGUAAAGAAGAAUCAAAGUUAUUAAAAGGGUCUAUUGAUUUUCUUGGGUUGAAUUAUUACACUACCAAUUAUGCAGAAAGUGCUCCUUUAACAACUGGUCGUAACGUUAGCUAUGUGGGAGAUCGACAAGUCACACUAACAACUGAUAAAAAUGGAAUUCCAAUUGGGACACCGACUGCAGUGGGCUGGAUUUUCAUAUAUCCACAGGGAUUCCGAAGGCUUUUGCUACAUAUAAAGGAUCAUUACAACAAUCCUGAAAUUUACAUUAAUGAAAAUGGACUGGCUGAUGCGAAUAACAACUCUUUGCCCAUUAAAGAAGCUCUCAAAGAUAGCUUGAGGAUUAAAUAUCUUCACGGCCAUCUCUCAUAUCUUUUGAAAGCAAUAGGGGAAGGGGUUAAAGUAAAGGGAUACUACGUUUGGACAUUUUGGGAUGACUUUGAAUGGGAUGCUGGCUAUACAGUCCGUUUUGGCAUAACUUACAUUGAUUUCAAGGAUAAUUUAAAAAGAUAUCUCAAAUAUUCUGCUUAUUGGUUGAAAAGGUUCCUCCUCCAUUAGUACCAUAACAUAUUCACUGUAGUGAGAGAAGCUUGUACUACAAUAAUAUUAAAUAAUUGUGAUCCAAUUGAUAAUGUACUUGGAAUAUCAUUGUUCACUUUCAUUUUCCAGUAUUAAGAAAUAAAGGGAACAAGGGGACAGAAUCGCUUUACCAUUCUGUCUUUAAUUUA